AUGCUCAACUUCGAAUCGCCGUCAUCUUUUCGCGUCUACUCUCCCUUUUCGCGUCGCCCUCCACUCCGCAGUUUCCGUCGCCAAGGCCGGUGGCAGAGUAGCCGUCAGUGGGACAGGAGAUGCCCGCAGGCCGGUUGCUGUCGUAACCGGCCAGACUACCAUUUCGGCUUCAUCGGCCGGGACGUUCGCCCAGUUCAGGCGCAAUCGCAGAGAACGGGACUCGGACCUGCAGACUAUCAGUCGACAACCGUUGGGAAGAUCUGCUUUUAUGUUGAGUUUCGUGGAUGGAUGUUGAGUCAUUGUUGCAGGCUUGAGCGAUUCACCGCAAGACGACUGCUGAUUCGCUUUGUUCCGCCUCCAUUACUUUCCGGCUGA